UGCAAAGAAUUUUAUUGCGAAGAAAUAUUUGCAUUUCAGAAAAAAACAAAACAAUAAUUAUGACAAAGAAACUAAGAAGUCAAAUUGUAUUAACAAGUCUAAAGCAAAUGUGCUGUGUUGAUUUUGUUAAGUAUCUGGAAACAGUUGAUUCUGAGAGUGUUACUCCGGAUUGUUUUGAUGAAUGUCUUAAGUUAGCAGUUAAAAACCACUACUUUGCUCUAAUAGGAGUAAUAAUGCUUAGAAAACCUAGUAAUGCAAAAGACUGUUUGGAUGAUGCACUAACAAUGUUAAAUGGUUAUAAAAUUGAUGGAAUAAAAGCACCAGAUUGUUCUAAAACCACCCUUGUAUUGCUAUUAUGUUAUGCUGUUGAAAAACACCUUAAUGGUGUUAUUAAAGCAAUUUGUGAGAACAACUUUUACAAGAAACAAUGGUUGUUAGAAGGCGACAUCUCAAUUCGGUUUCACAUAUUGGAGCAUUUAAACAAUGACGAAAUGUUUGUUUACCCAGUGAGGAUCGGAUGUAAUCAUACGGUAAAAAAUUAUAAAGGUGUUGAAUAUAUAUUGAACAUAUUUUGUGAUAAAGAAAAUUAUAAAGCUGAUUGGAAAGGACUCUGGCUACGUUUUCUUCAUGAAGAUUGGUUUAAAGGUUUAACGAGCUUUAAAAAUAUUAUCCUAUCUUGUAAUAAAAUUAAAAGCAUGCCAAUUAAUAUUUUGAAUUAUCUUGGAGCUGUAGAAAAGUUAAAUCUUAGUUCAAAUAAAUUGCAAGUGGUUCCCUUAGAACUGUUUAGGCUUCCUAAUCUUCACAGUCUAAAUCUUUCAUCAAAUCAAUUGAAAGACCUUCCUAAUGUCAAAGAAUGGUCACCAUUUUUUACAAUAUUAGCUCUUGAAAAUAAUUUAUUAGAAAGUUUUCCAUUGCAUGUAGAAAAACUUAAAUUAAAACACUUAUAUUUAGCAGAUAAUAGAUUAAAAAGUGUUCCUGAAAGUAUAUGUAACCUGAAAUGUUUAGAAACUCUUGAUAUUAGUCGAAAUGUUGAUAUAAACACCUUACCACAAAGCAUGGGAAAGUUAUCAAAACUUAUUGUACUUGGUUUGGAAGGCUUAAAGAUUAGAAAUCCUGAUUAUUCAUCUACGAUUAAUCAUCCAGAUCAGAAAUCCUUCCACCUGAAUACACAAACAUAAACAUAAUUUGAAUGGUUUUAGUUAUAAUUUAA